UCUAAAUGUACAUGUCCUCAACUCAAGACGUGGAUGCAGCUUGAGGAUGAUCGUGUUUACAGUGGGCUUGCUGCUCUAUGCAGCCUCUGGCCUAAUGCUUAUGAAAAUCUUCAAUGAAGUACAAGGAAAACCUUACAUGGACGAGAUUUUCCAUAUUCCCCAAGCACAGCAAUAUUGUCAUGGGAAUCUAUCUGAGUGGGACCCAAUGAUCACCACCCUGCCAGGGCUGUACCUGGUGUCUGCUGGGAUGCUGGUCCCCACAUCACGGCUGCUGCACCUCCCCCUAGCCAGUGCCUGCUCCACCCUCAUUCUGCGGGUCAACCUGCUCUUCAUGCUGGCUAAUGUCUGUGUGUUGUAUCUACUGACUGGUGCCAUUCUAAGUGGGAAGAAGAAGAACCAGAGAGUGGACUCACUGUCCCAGACCCUCCAGGCAAUAUCUCUAGGACUGUACCCCGUCCUCUACUUCUUUACCUUCCUCUACUACACCGACCCCGGAUCCGUCCUCUGGGUCCUCCUCAUGUACCUCGCCUGCCUCCGCCACGCCCACUUCUCCGCCGCCAUCUGCGGUGCCAUCGCGGUCAUGUUCCGCCAGACCAACAUAAUCUGGGUAGUCUUCAUGGCUGGCAUAGCCAAAACUGCUUGA